AUGCCUCUAAAAGCUCUCUCUCGUUUUUUGAAAUCAAAUUCUACUCCGAUCGAAUCAAGUGGACCCAUACUGAAAUUAAGCACUCUGAUCUUCUUCGUUCAACUCCUCACCAAAGCUUCCGUCCCUUUGAUAAGAGACGAACAGACAUUUCAUGAUAUCUCUCCUAAGCUCGAUCCGGUCCGACCACAUCCGCUUCAUCAUUUGGUUGACUAUCUCCUGCACUGUGUACGUAUCUUUAUAAUCCAGCAAACUACUUUACCAGUCGGGUCUGGUCAAACUGUCUCUGAUUCUGACCGACCUGGCCUUCUUACUGACCCUUUCACCCCGAGUCCUGCCUCUGCAGCAGUGCCCAUUAGCACUGGACCAACUGGUAUUGAGGAGCCGUCUGCCUUAUCAUCACAUUCUCCGGCUACUGAGUUGGCCAUACCCCCUAUGGUUUCUGGAUAUUUUUCCCCUAACGGCUUUUACUUGGGACCAGACUUUCGUCUUACCUGGUGGGCCUAUCUGACUCCUGGCCUUCUUGGGGGCGACUUGGAUGCAGUUGCAGUCGUCAACAAUAGUGGGGCACUGAGCGGACGUCAGCGCAUUGGAUGUACCGUUGGGGAGUCUUCUGGUAGGCCUGGCAUGCUUAGCAAGCUAGAGGAUAUCCUUCCUUUGAGUGCUGAUGUGCGUACUGGUGCAGCUUCUGGAGUAACGACCGCCGGGCUAAAACUAAUGCACCCAUUGGCGCAUACAUCUUCUUGGGCCCGAUGUCCUUCAGUUGCCGGGAAGGUGCCAGCUAGCCUUUCUGUUAACCUAUUUGCUGUCCUCCUCAACCUUUGUCUGAGCCCUAUCAGCUCUAGCAGUGUUGACAGUGGGGCCUGGCGUAUUGAUUGGCGCCUACUUUUGGGCGACUCAUUGUGGUCAUUAGGUCGCUACUCGGACGCACUCGCCGCUUAUCUAGAGGCUGGAUUGGCCUCUACAGCUGGGUUCGUCAGACCCGUCCAUCCAGUCAGCAUAUACUCAGGCACAGUUAGUUUGAAUUCUGCUAUAAGCUUAUGA